ACACAUACAUCUACACCUUCUCCAUCUCCAACAACCUCAACUACAACAACAUCUACACCUUCUCCAUCUCCAACACCCUCAACUACACCAACAUCUACACCUUCUCCAUCUCCGUCAACCACACCAACAUCUACACCUUCUCCACCUCCAACAACCUCAACUACACCAACAUCUACACCUUCUCCAUCUCCAACACCCUCAACUACACCAACAUCUACACCUUCUCCACCUCCAGCAACCUCAACUACACCAACAUCUACACCUUCUCCACCUCCAACAACCUCAACCACACCAACAUCUACACCUUCUCCAUCUCCAACAACCUCAACCACACCAACAUCUACACCUAUUCCAUCUUCAACAACAUCAACCACACCAACAUCUACACCUUCUCCACCUCCAACAACCUCAACUACACCAACAUCUACACCUAUUCCAUCUCCAACAACCACAACAAUAUCUACAGCUUCUCCACCUCCAACAACCUCAACUACACCAACAUCUACACCUUCUCCAUCUCCAAAAACCUCAACCACACCAACAUCUACAACUUCUCCAUCUCCAACAACCUCAACCACACUAACAUCUACACCUUCUCCACCUCCAACAACCUCAACUACACCAACAUCUACACCUUCUCCAUCUCCAACACCCUCAACAACACCAACAUCUACACCUAUUCCAUCUCCAACAACCUCAACCACAACAAUAUCUACACCUUCUCCAUCGCCAACAACCUCAACUACACCAACAUCUACACCUUCUCCAUCUCCAAAAACCUCAACCACACCAACAUCUACAACUUCUCCAUCUCCAACAACCUCAACCACACUAACAUCUACACCUUCUCCAUCUCCAACAACCUCAACUACACCAACAUCUACACCUUCUCCAUCUCCAACAACCUCAACUACACCAACAUCUACACCUUCUCCAUCUCCAACAACCUCAACCAAAACAAUAUCUACACCUUCUCCACCUCUAACAACCACAUCAACAUCUACACCUUCUCCAUCUCCAACACCCUCAUCAACUACACCAAUAUCUACACCUUCUCCAUCUCCAACACCCUCAACAACACCAACAUCUACACCUUCUCCAUUUCCAACAACCUCAACCACACCAACAUCUACACCUUCUCCACCUCCAACAACCUCAGCUUCACCAACAUCUACACCUUCUCCAUCUCCAACAACCUCAACCACACCAACAUCUACACCUAUUCCAUCAGUGACCUCCACAACACCUGCUCCAACUUCAACUACAAUAUCUACAAGUACUACAGCUUCUCCUACAAGUACAACUAGAAUGACCUCCACAACAAUUGCUCCAACUUCAACUACAACGUCUACAAGUACUACAACUGCUCCUACAAGUUCAACUAGUAUGACCUCCACAACAGCUCCAACUUCAACUACAAUCUUCAACUACAACGUCUACAAGUACUACAGCUCCUCCUACAAGUACAAGUAG